UGCCGAUAACCCAAGCCAGCAUUUUUGAAGUACGAUUACAGUGAUCUCCUUUUUGGGUACUUCAGCUCCAUGCCAUGACCGAAUUCAACCUUUAAUGCGCCGGCAAUCAGGGCUACACGGCUGCGCCGAAUUGCGACACGACUUGACGCUUUAAAAACAACAAAUAGCCCACAUACGGCGGAUCCGCAAACCAGCAGUCCCCGUCCCAACUCCAAACUCCGGGAUCCAACGCCUCCAUGACAGCCUGGUAGCGCCGCCUCCCUCCGAGACGUACCCAGGACCAACAUUGAUAUCCACCCCAUUCCCACUCCGUGUUGCAAUGGGGCACGCCUGGCUAGACUCCCUGUCCGAGGACUGGGUGUCGCAGCCCGGAUCGCCCGCCGACGCGUCCUUUGCGGAAGCUGCUCCUUCCCCCUCCCCAGACACGAGGCUGCCGCCCAAGCCAAAGACGCCUAGUAGGAUCCCGCGCUUGAGUCCCCACACCAAGAAAUCCCAACAACAUGCCCCCGACAGCGGCGUGAGCAACAGCAGCAACGGCAGCAGCAACAUUCUGAGCGAACGAAACAUCAAUGAGCGAUUGGCCGCCCUGUCUCGCCGCACCCCGUCCAAACUCGCUCAGGAGCUGAGCCCAAGUCCAAGUCCCGGUGUUCGCGACUGCCAUGCAUGCCUUCAUCGGUCCACCUCGACCUCGACAACCAACUCAGUUGUUCGCAAAACAUUCCACCGCAAGUCCAUGAGCGCCUCGCAGGCUAAGGGAAAGGGGGGCGAGACACCUGAGUGGAAGCGACGGCUAGUGUACGGCGAUUUGUCCUACGGCGAACAGCGGGACUUGUUUACGUCGGCAGGAACAGGGCUGGAGAAUAUCUUCAAGCCGCCACAGGCCACGCCAGGUCCAUCAAGAGACGGGCAUGCAGAGCAUUCCCAUAACGAGCAGGAGUCGCAAAUGGAUGUGACGGUACCACCCAGCCCGGCCCUGUGUCGCCGUGAUCCGUCGACAGUCGAAAUCCAGGCGGACGACUCGACACAAGAACCGCCGCCCCCGCAGCCGCCGAAACGGGCGCCCACAGGCAUGCGAUAUAGACGCUCUGACGAAGAAGAACCCACCGACGCAAGCAGACAAUCCGAAUUCAACAUGCCGCAGGACUACUUCUCCCGCCCCCUCCCCAACUUAGAGCAGACGGGACUGUCCGAUGGCGCGGAUGGCGAGUCGCGCAAGGUCAGUGGCCGGAGCGACAUACGCCAUGAAGACUUCAGUCCGAUCCUCCUCGAGAUGCGCCAGGCUAGUAAUGGCAAAACCAUCUUCGGCCCAGCAGAGCUGCCUCCGGACGAGCUUCGAAAGCGGCUGGAGAAGCUGCGGCAGAACCAGAUGCUCCUCACGGGUGGUCCCAAUGGGGACUUUGCCGCAAACCGCGUGGCAUCACGUAACAUAGAAACCACGCAGGAUUGCGCGAGGCUGGACGGGUUUGUCAAUUUUCAGAGGGGCGGCCGAUCCGAAGAGGGGUCUUUCCGGAACCGCAUGCUGAGCUCCGCUCUCAACGACAGCUCCGAACUGAAUCCAGAAGAGUCCCUGCAGGCGAGCACGCCGAAGCAGUUUCCAACUGUCAGGGUUGAGCGCUGGGCCUCUUCUGAGCUCGUCCCCGCCGACAGCCCGGACCUCCCUCGUGUUCCCGAUCCAAGUCCCGAGAAACGUCAUGCGCCCGUGAACCUCAGCCCCGGCAGCCCACUGAAGCUCUUUCAACCCUACGAUACCUUCACGAGCCAGACACUGUUGAGGCGACUGAGUCAAAUGCAUGGGGAAGCAGCUGACAGCUCGUUUUCCAUUGCCGUGGACCCCGACAGUCGACUGGACGAGUACAGCCCGUCUAGGUUGCUUCCCCCGCCAGGAUACGAUCAGCGCUCCACCUAUGCCAACAGGUUUGGCGCUGGAGAGCUCGAUGGAUAUGAAUUCAACGACGAGUUUUCGCAUGUUUCCCGCGACGUCACCGGCUUGGAUGGGAACAAGGAGAACCGGGAGCCCGAGGAAGACUCCAUGCUUGCCUCGCACCAGCCCAUCUUCGAUCUCACUCAUAAUUCUUCACCAUCUGAGGCACCGGAUAUCGUAGUGAACCGGCGGCGCAAAUCUACGACCUCCCAUCCUUCGCGACGCCCUGGCAGAGCUUCGUUCCCUGGAUAUGUCGACUUGCUCCAACCUCAUGGCGGUCGGAGAGACGCAUCCGGACCCGAAAGCAAGCGGCCGCGCACAUCGCCAACAAAAGAUCCAACCCCGAAGAGACGAAGGACUUUACACAGGUCUGAUGUUUCCUACGUGACCGAAGAUCUUGCUUCGAUACUCGACUCAGUUCACCUGUCGCACCAGCAAAUGCAGUCGGCUCUUGGCAGGUUUCAGGAGGACGCGAGUGGUGACCGCGACGAUAUGGCAGAUCCCCAUGCCCGCCCAGCAUUGCGGCCUCGGACGCCGACACCAAGCCAGAGAUCCUCGCUACAGCGGGAGCGCCAGCCCUUUGCCGAGAUCGAGAGAUCACCGGCUCGUUCUAGCAGGCUCUCACAAACUCACGUCGCCCUCCCAGUGGGCACCGCAAUGGAGACUAACAGAAAGCCAUCCAUCAAGACCGAGGACUUCAUCAAUGAGGCUAAUAAGAUCAUGGCCAUGAUCCGCAGCAAGGCCGGUCUGCCGAGCGGCCUGGCCAGCGUCGAGGAGUCCGAUGAGGAGAGGGCCCAGGCGUCUCCAGAGCUGGAUGGUUCCUUUGAGGAGUCGACUCUAGAGCGAUUUUCACGUCCACCCAGCCGCGAGGGACGCCCUCCUCUCACGCGCAUGUCCACGAAGCAAGAAAACCCAGUGCUUGCUGAGCAGCUCAAGAAGUACGAGGAGACGGGUGACAUGGGUGAUAUGAUCACUUCAUCCGUGCGCUCGGCUAGGCUUACGAGACAGAACGUUUCAGCGGCACAGGAGGUUGUUGACGAGAGGAACGACAGGCAAAGUUGCACUUCGGACUGGGUUGCCGGCACAAUCAGCGACCCGCCAAACGUUCAACUCUCACGAAACCCCGAUUUGCAACAGCAGCAAGCUGAAAAUCAGCUCAGCGAUGGGAUGCCCUCACAGGGCUCCGCCGGCUUCAACACUCAAAGCACGGGUAUUCCAACUGGUUCAUCGAGAGGGUCAUCAAGAGGCUCCGAGGCAAGGAAGACGAUCAUGCCUGAAAGUGUGUCACACCUGAUUCCAGACCAGGUUGGAAAUAUGAUCCUGGACCGGCAGCGCAACAUAUGGGUCAAGAGGAAGGGGUCGGGAGAGUCAAAGGAGAGUUUCUCGCAGUUUGAGAUGAGCGAGGACGACCCGUUCGCCGGAAUUCCUGAUCUCUCGGUUGAUGUCACCAAGGAAAUGCAGAACCUGAUGUUGACAGGGAAGAAGGAGCUUGCCCUGCAGGACCUCCUCCCAGGCGCUACACAGAUCAGCCCCUCGAGGUCCCCAAGGAUGUCGUCCUUUACAAGGCGGGCGAGUGACGCGGCCGGUGAGGCGCGUGCGCCAUUUCGACACUCGAUUCCUACACGGGCUGAGGAAGCCGUCGAGCACGAAAUAAACAUCCAUGAAGGCCAAGUAAAAGAGCCUAGGCGACUCACCAUUAGCUUCUCUUCCCCUGUUGCAUCUGUGAUUCAAGACGCGGCCGGCAUCCGUGACAUGUUGUCGGAGGAUAGCAUUCCCGACCAGAGCGGUGAAACCCAAGACUUAUCGGCUAGGGGCCGGAUGGUAAUGUCGAUUCGCACAGCAACCGGAGACAAGUCGGCCAGGCCUCGCAGCAGUUCUCGGGGCCCGCCGCGCCACCUCAGCGUUAGGGGCAAGUCUCUGAUGGCCCGGCCCGUGUCCCGGAUUGAGGAGCGGGAGGAGGACUCUGGGUUGAAUCAAGCACAAUAUCAAGAGGCGGCUUCAGGGAUGGAGCUUAGCGUCCUGGGGGACUACAGUAUUGCGAACCGUGACGAGAGCGGACGGCAAGUCAGCCUCAGUUUCAUGGUCGCAACGCCAGCACGGGCUCCGAGCUGUCCAGCCGCUGGGGUAGACGCCGCUCAUGUCAUCAGCCAGUAUGUUGGCACCUUCUCUCUCAGUCCGCUCUCGGAGUUCACGAUCCAUCAUGCCGAGGAAACGCUGCCUAUGGAAGCCAGUUACGUGGUCGACAACCAUCGCCUUGUCACGGGCGAUCAGUCCAGGCGUGUCAUGUCGAUAAGCAUGCGGGAGCUCGUGGAGAAGCUGGCGGAGGUGGAGCCCUUCGAGCCGUAUUGGGAAGACAUGCAGGAACUGGAGCUGCGCGAGAAGGGCCUGAGUGCUCUCCAUGCGCUGGAUGAGUUUUGUGGGCAGCUCGAGAGCCUCGACGUCUCCAAGAACAAGAUUAGGAAUCUUGGGGGAGUCCCCUCGUCGGUCCGCCACCUGCGCAUGACGCACAACCAGCUAUCGAGCCUUACGGCCUGGAACCACCUGAUCAAUCUGCAAUAUGUCGACGUCUCAAACAACGGCCUCACGAGCCUUGCCGCAUUCCAGAACCUCAUCCACCUGCGAAGUCUGAAAGCGGACAACAACCAGAUCACGAGCCUGGACGGCAUCAAGUUCCACAAGGGUCUGCAGACGCUCCGCGCGAGGGGCAACCUGAUCGAUGAGAUCGACCUCGACGGAAACACGCUGCACCAACUCACCGACCUGGACCUGAAGAACAAUCAAAUCACGCGGAUCGCCCACGUUGGCCAGUUGCCAUCCCUCAGCUCGCUCAAUCUCGAAGGCAACCGCCUCUCCACCUUCUCCAUCGAGUCCUCGUCGGACUCCCACCCCAUGACCACCCUCCGCUACUUGCGUCUAGACGACAACAAGCUCACGACCCUCAACGUCGCCAAACUGCCCCACCUCCGCCUCCUCCACGCAGACCGCAACGCCCUCGUCCAGAUUGCCGGCUUCUCCCGCGCCCGCCGCAUCGACAGCCUCUCGCUACGCGAACAGCGCGGCGAGAAGCCGCUGGACCUGUCGUACCUGCUGUCUCGUGCGUAUGAAGUCCGCAAGCUGUACCUCUCGGGUAACUUGCUUGGGGAAGACGGGUUUGCGCCUAAGAUUGAUCUGCUGAAUCUGCAGUUGUUGGAGCUGGCAAAUUGUGGAUUGGGGGAGCUGCCGGAGGAGGUGGGGUUGAUGAUGCCUAAUCUGAGGGUGUGCAAUCUCAAUAUGAAUGCGCUGAGCGAUGUGGGAGCGUUGAGGGCCGUGCCAAGACUGAAGAGGCUGUUUGUGGCCGGGAAUCGGUUGGCUGAUCCGGCCGGGCUGGUGAAGGCGCUGGAGGGGUGGAGACAUCUUACUGUGCUGGAUGUGAGGGAUAAUCCGCUCACGCAGGGAUUUUAUGCCCCUACCACCAUGCAGGGGGUGGUUGUUCAGCGGGGCAGCGAGAAAGAAGUUGAGGGCGAUGGGGGAGAGGAGGGAGGUGAGACGUUUGUGCUGGGGGAUCAGGACGCUGGGAGGGAUGAAAAGUAUUGUGCGAGGCUGGAUAUGGAUACGAGAGUGAGGAGGAGGCUGUGGGAGACGAUGGUCAGGAAGAGGUGUGCGAGGGUCAGGAAACUGGAUGGGCUUGUGCUGAGGAGAUUAGAACAAUAUGGCCGGGAUGGGGGCAGUGCCGAGGGGGAUGUCGUCUGGCUUGCCAUGAAGGAAAAGGGGCUUGUCAAGGUCAAUGAUGGCGGGGAGGAGGAGGUCGUUGUUGUCGAGGAAAGGAGUGCGCGGUGGCCGGCUGAGGAUAGCUUUGCUUGAUGCGGCUGCCGGCUGGUUUUGUGUGUUUGAUCUUGUUGGGAGCAGGGGUUGACUUGCGGUUUUGCAUGGCUUCUUCUGUGUCGUGGGCAUUGGAACAGCUCUGAAUGGCUAGAAGGCGAAGGAAAGGAGUAGGUAGGCGUUAUGGAGAACUGCUUUGGGGUAUUUGGUACUGAUUGGGACGAGUCCCACAUUGUGUUGUACAUUACAAUACAGGUCUGGUGUAUGGUUUUGGGCAUUGUAUGGGCGGUUUUGCACAGGCAGGACAGGAUAAGGUAAUGAGUUAUGAUGCG